GCUACUCUCUCACCUAACCUCGCCCAAAAAAACUUCCUCUUUUUCUUUUCUAGAAAAGAACCAUCUUUCAGUAGGUCUACAAUGGCGUCAAAGAAGGCAAAGAAACCAAACCGAGCUGAGAAGAAACUCAAAAGAACCCAUUUCAAGAAACAACUUCCACAACACAAGAACACCGACACAACUAUUGUUCUUGAUCAUACUUCUUCAUCUACUGCUACUACUGUCUCUUCGUGUUCUUCCAUUACCAAGUCAGUAUCUUCUCAAGAUACAAACCACUCUAUCCCCUCUCCUUCUCCAACGGUGUUGCCAUCACCAGAUGAUGGUGGUGGCGGUUGUUGUACCCCGAAAGCUCAGAAGUCUCGAAUACCGGAGAUUCUGACGUGUCCACCGGCGCCAAAGAAGCAAAGAGUCCCACAGAACUGCCUGUUACGACGGAGGCAGAUCGUUUUCUUUACUCCUCGGGAGAUAGAGCUCUUCUUCGUCAAAGCACACGAUUGAUAAUAAAUAUUUGUAGUCCUUUAGUUAUUGGUGAUAGGAUCGAUCGAUAGAGAAAGUAGUAUGAUAAGAUGAUUAACGUUUCAUCUCUUUGCUUUUGUUAAUACAAUAAAAGAGUGUAUUACAAUGUUUCGAGUGAUGUUUUAAUUUUUUUCUUAUUGUUUUGGUUUGUUGAACAUUUUGUUCCUUUGGUGCUUGUUUUUUUUUGGAAGAUUUGAAUGAAGUCGAUCUGAGUUUUGUGGUAGGGUAUUAGUAUUACUAAAAUGAACUACAAACUAUUCUGUAAUUGAUACCCAACUUUUUAUUAUUUAUACUUCUCUU